AUGUCUGGAGGAAAUUGGCAUAAUUGGCCUCAACAGCCACCACAAAACCCCCAGCAUUCUUCGCAGCAUCCACAGCAAUCUCAACACGACGUGUAUCAACAAAACCAACCAGGUUAUGGUUACAAUCAACAAGGAAGGAUGCAGCAUCAGCAGCAGCAAAUGCGCCAAAGCGAUUAUGGCUCAUAUCCGCAACAGCAACAACAGCGACAACAAGUCCAUCCAAACUACGGUCGCCCCCAGCAACAACCGCAAUAUCAACAAGGAUAUAUGAACCAACAACAACAAGGUUACCACUACCAACAACAGCCGUUUAUGUUCAACGCGAACGCCAACGUCUUCGUGCCAAAAAAUCAAAUGAUGCAACAAUCUUGUCAGGAUUAUGGAUACUACACUGGUCCACCAUAUCAGCAGCAGCAAGGCUAUGGCCAUUAUCAACAAGGCCAGUACGGUGUUACGUCGGCUCCAUCUUCAUCCUACAACGCCAUGUACCAACAAGAAGAUGCGAGUAUCGACGCAUUUGCUCAGUUCGGUCAGCAAUCGCAGCAAUAUCUUCCAACGAAAGAACUCUCCGAUCAGAUUCAUCAUAGCAAGUGCUCGUCGUUCCUCACUGAGAUACUUGUUGGGUGUGAACAACUGAUUGCCGAAGGAGAAGAAGAUUCACCAACAUGGAUUGCUGCUAUACGACAACGCUUCGAAGAUCCAAAUAUGGAUGAUGAUGCGAAAAUGACUGGUGUUAAGUUGAUCAUCGAAAUGGCUUGUUCCAUGGAGUCGUCUAACAAAUUCCGAAGCAUUGAUCCUCAAAAUACAUUCUCCAAUUUGCUGAAGACACUGUCUAAUGAGUUGAAAGAUUUCUUGCGAAAAUUUAUUGUCCCCGCUCUCGGAGAAUAUCAUUCGGCUCGGAAGCAACUGGAUAACGACGGUCGUGUUCAUAUGGCCCUCUUUUACGCUGAACUAUUCACCAAGCUGUUUUUGGAUAAUGGAAGUCGUUUCGAGAAGAUUGGCGAAGCCCUUGUUGAUCAGAUUGAUGAGAUUCUGAAGUUCCAACCUAAUGAUGAAUACUUCAAAAGUUUACUCCGUGCUUUCAAAGUAGCUGGUGCCGAGCUGGAUACUUCUGAAACACUUCAACGACGUGUAGAUGAGAUUCUGACGAAAAUGGGCGGUUUCGCUAGAGGAUCACCACUUCUUGGAGAGUCCGUAAAGGCUCAGAUUGGACUUCUGAUCGAAUGCCGACUUCGUGGAUGGGAUCGGGCCGCUACUAAAAGACAAGAGGCUCCAGCAUAUGUAUCAAAUCGAGAUCAAGACUCGUUCGAUGAGUCGACUGAUAAUGAUUUGACAGAGGAGGAGCGGCAAUUCUUGGAGAGCCAUUUGGAUCAAGUGGACUCUGUCCGAGGAGGAGGAGAAGAUAUUGACGAUCAAGAAAUGAUGAAAGAGUUUGGAAAGUUCGUGAAAGAAGAAUUGCAGCAGGCUGAGGAUUUAAAAACUGCUGAACUGCUUCAGAACUGUGACAUAAACAAGGAAGAUGACGAUGAGAAAACCCCAACUGAGGAGAAAUAA